AUGCGCAGAUUCAUCGUGGAAGUGAACUGGGAUUAUGCUCCGUCAGGACGAAACCUUGUUGGACCUGAUACUUUCACAUCCCGACGACUUAUUGAGAACCGUGAUGACCAAAUAGGCAGUGUCUACCGCAAGGUGCUUUACCGCGAGUACACGGAUGAGACCUUCACUCAGCAAGUGCAUGUUCCAGACUGGAUGGUAUAUGUUGGACCUUUUGUGAAAGCGGAGGAAGCUGAUUCGGUCAAAAUCUUGUUCAAGAACAUGGCUUCCAAGGGAAACUUCUCCAUUCAUCCACACGGGUUUUUCUACGACAAACGAGGAGAAGGUGCCCGUUACGAAGAUGGAACAUCCGGAGCUGAUAAGGUUGACGAUGCAAUGAGACCUGCCGGAUCCUAUCUCUAUAUCUGGAACGUAACGAAGAGACACGCCCCUACGGCCGACGACGACGCCUGUGUACCGUCGGGAAACCAUGGACACACUAACCCAACUCGGGACAUUGCUUCUGGAUUGGCCGGAAUCGGGUUUAUCUGCAAGAAAGGCACGCUUGAUGUCGAUGGAAAACGUAAAGAUGUCGACAAGGAGUUCGUUGUAUACGUCGAUAUCGCUGACGAAAACAAGAGCUUUUUCUUUGAAGAAAGCAUUCAAAAAUGCAGACAACCAGAUGCUUGCCAGGCAAGGGCUAGGAGACGCGUUGACAGAGAGUUCUUCUUAAACUUUCUCGUAGUUAAUGAAAACCUGUCCCAUUAUCUGACCGAGAACAUCAACAUGUUUGCGACCUCCCCCGCAACUGUCGAUCCUGAAGAUGAAGGUUUUCAACUUUCUUACAAAAUUAGAGGACGAUAUCGGUUACGUUGUGGUCAGCUAGGUCUGAAACAAGAAGGAAUGUUUGCUUUGUAUAACGUCAAUUCAUGUGGGAGGAUUCGUAUCCAACCUGGCCGUUUGCCGAAAGCAGAGACCACACCUCGGUAUUACAUCGGAGCAGUAUAUGUGGAAUGGGACUACGCGCCGAUCAAAAUUCAUCCUACGAGUUAUACGGAGAACAAAAUAAAGAUCCGCGGGGACGUCCUCGAGGUUUACGCGGGAACGUAUGAGACGGUAGAAAUGAAAGCGUACAAUCCGGGCACUUGGUUUUUUCAUUGUCACGUGAGCACACACGUGGAAGCUGGCAUGGAAGGCGCAUACAGAGUUAUUCCUAGAUUCACCAACCAGUGA